ACCUUCCAAGAUGAAGGGUAUCCUGGUAAUUCCCAUUCUGGCGUUUGCCAUUGCUGCUUGCGUGGCAAACCCAGCCCAAACAGUCAAACACUCGUCCGCUGAGAAGAAGUCAACCGGUGGUAGGGCCGUGGUAACGAAGGUUAUUUCCGGGGGAACUCAAACAACCGGCGGAAAUACCGUUACGAAAGUAACGACGACCACUUCCACUGCGGGAUCGCAGUCCACCGGAGGUGCUUCAUCCAAGGUCACCAAAACCACUUCAGGAUCUACUUCCACCACAGGAGGAAGUACAGUCGUGAAGCAAACCAAUUUGGGCAAACCAGCUGGAGCUAGUACCGUGGUUACGAGCUCUACAAGUUCGCAAUCUUCUUCCCAAUCAUCCAAACAUGCAUCUGGAGAAAAGAAAACCGCAGGAGCUCAAUCUCUUAAGAAAACCACCGUAACCAAGACAACAUCUACGGUUGCUACAGGAAACCAAUCCAAGGGAGCAUCCUCGGCACAAGUUACCAAAACCUCUUCUGGAUCUUCCUCCACAACCGGAGGAAACUCUCAAACUUCUUCGGUUGUUACUUCCAAAGUAAUGAAAUCUUCCAAAUCGUCUAAGAACGGAUCAGGAGAAAAGAAGUCAGCUGGAGCACACACCACGGGAACUCAAAUUCUCAAGCAAUCAUCAUCGUCGCAAACUUCUGCUUCGGGUGCUCGAAUGAUCAAACGAGGAUCUGGCGAGAAGAGAUCUGCUGGAAGACAAACUCUCCAGCGAACAUCAUCAUCGCAGACAUCUGGCGGAACUCAAUCACUCAGUAAAACUUCCGUGACUAUGACUCAAGGUGAACACGGUCAUUCUGGAAAAGGACAUGGAAUGAAGAAAACCACCAUGGUUAAGACGACUUCUACGGCAAACUCGGAGAGCGCUGGUGGUAGCAACUCUGUGCAGCAAACUACAACGAACGGUGUUAGUGGAAUGAAGAAAUCUACCAAGAAGGUGAUCAAAACUACAUCAACGACUGCCACUGCUCAACAAUCAGGAGCAACUACGACGGGAGCUCAGCAAACGCAAGUGCUCAAACAAACGAGCAGUGGUUCUCAACAAUCUGGAACUGCAACAAAGGUAACUCAAACGUCAACGUCAGGAACUCAACAAAGUGGAUCGGGUACCUCAACGCAAACUACUUCAGGAUCUAGCAGCAGCUCAGGAUCUAGCUCAUCUGGGAAACGAACGGUAACCAAGGUUUCCAAGAGAGUCGUUAAAAAUGUUAAGGCUGGAAAUUCAACGGCAGGAGCUGUAACUACAUCGCAGACAACAUCCUCUGGAACUCAGCAAUCUGGGUCAAGUACUGCAACGCAAGCGAUCAAGCAAACUAGCACUGGCUCGAGUUCCUCAACGCAAACUAGCUCAGGUUCUACCACCAGCACUGGAGCUAGUUCGUCUGGCAAAAGAACUGUAAUUAAGACUUCUAAACGAGUUGUGAAAAAAAUUAAAACUGGAACCUCGACGGCUGGAUCUGGAUCUACGUCAGAGACAACAUCCACUGGAACUCAACAAUCUGGAUCAAGUGCUACUACCCAGACUUCAAAGACGACCACCACUGGAACUCAACCUUCUGGAUCAAGCACUGCUACCAAGACUACCAAAACGACAACCACGACCACCAGCACUGGAACCGUACCGGCUGGAUCUAGUACUCAGGUGACCAAAUCAACAUCGACUGGAGCUCAGCAAACCGAAUCAAGCACUGCUACUCAGGUGAACAAGACUACAUCGACUGGGGCUCAGCAAACCGGAUCAAGCACAGCUACCAAGACUACCAAAACGACAACCACGACCACCAGCACUGGAACCAAACCGGCUGGAUCUAGCACUCAGGUGACCAAAUCAACAUCGACUGGAGCUCAGCAAACCGGAUCAAGCACUGCUACUCAGGUGAACAAGACUACAUCGACUGGGGCUCAGCAAACCGGAUCAAGCACAGCUACCCAGACUACGAAGACGACCACCACUGGAACUCAACCAGCUGGAUCAAGCACAGCUACCAAGACUACCAAAACGACAACCACGACCACCAGCACUGGAACCAAACCGGCUGGAUCUAGCACUCAGGUGACCAAAUCAACAUCGACUGGAGCUCAGCAAACCGGAUCAAGCACUGCUACUCAGGUGAACAAGACUACAUCGACUGGGGCUCAGCAAACCGGAUCAAGCACAGCUACCCAGACUACGAAGACGACCACCACUGGAACUCAACCAGCUGGAUCAAGCACAGCUACCAAGACUACCAAAACGACAACCACGACCACCAGCACUGGAACCAAACCGGCUGGAUCUAGCACUCAGGUGACCAAAUCAACAUCGACUGGAGCUCAGCAAACCGGAUCAAGCACUGCUACUCAGGUGAACAAGACUACAUCGACUGGGGCUCAGCAAACCGGAUCAAGCACAGCUACCCAGACUACGAAGAUGACCACCACUGGAACUCAACCAGCUGGAUCAAGCACAGCUACCAAGACUACCAAAACGACAACCACGACCACCAGCACUGGAACCAAACCGGCUGGAUCUAGCACUCAGGUGACCAAAUCAACAUCGACUGGAGCUCAGCAAACCGGAUCAAGCACAGCUACCCAGACUACGAAGACGACCACCACUGGAACUCAACCAGCUGGAUCAACAGCUACCAAGACUACCAAAACGACAACCACGACCACCAGCACUGGAAUCAAACCGGCUGGAUCUAGCACUCAGGUGACCACAUCAACAUCGACUGGAGCUCAGCAAACCGGAUCAAGCACUGCUACUCAGGUGAACAAGACUACAUCGACUGGGGCUCAGCAAACCGGAUCAAGCACAGCUACCCAGACUACGAAGACGACCACCACUGGAACUCAACCAGCUGGAUCAAGCACAGCUACCAAGACUACCAAAACGACAACCACGACCACCAGCACUGGAACCAAACCGGCUGGAUCUAGCACUCAGGUGACCAAAUCAACAUCGACUGGAGCUCAGCAAACCGGAUCAAGCACUGCUACUCAGGUGAACAAGACUACAUCGACUGGGGCUCAGCAAACCGGAUCAAGCACAGCUACCCAGACUACGAAGACGACCACCACUGGAACUCAACCAGCUGGAUCAAGCACAGCUACCAAGACUACCAAAACGACAACCACGACCACCAACACUGGAAUCAAACCGGCUGGAUCUAGCACUCAGGUGACCACAUCAACAUCGACUGGAGCUCAGCAAACCGGAUCAAGCACUGCUACUCAGGUGAACAAGACUACAUCGACUGGGGCUCAGCAAACCGGAUCAAGCACAGCUACCAAGACUACCAAAACGACAACCACGACCACCAGCACUGGAACCAAACCGGCUGGAUCUAGCACUCAGGUGACCAAAUCAACAUCGACUGGAGCUCAGCAAACCGGAUCAAGCACUGCUACUCAGGUGAACAAGACUACAUCGACUGCGGUUCAGCAAACCGGAUCAAGCACAGCUACCCAGACUUCGAAGACGACCACCACUGGAACUCAACCAGCUGGAUCAAGCACAGCUACCAAGACUACCAAAACGACAACCACGACCACCAGCACUGGAAUCAAACCAGCUGGAUCUAGCACUCAGGUGACCACAUCAACAUCGACUGGAGCUCAGCAAACCGGAUCAAGCACUGCUACUCAGACUACGAAGACGACCACCACUGGAACUCAACCAGCUGGAUCAAGCACAGCUACCAAGACUACCAAAACGACAACCACGACCACCAGCACUGGAACCAAACCGGCUGGAUCUAGCACUCAGGUGACCAAAUCAACAUCGACUGGAGCUCAGCAAACCGGAUCAAGCACUGCUACUCAGGUGAACAAGACUACAUCGACUGGGGCUCAGCAAACCGGAUCAAGCACAGCUACCCAGACUACGAAGACGACCACCACUGGAACUCAACCAGCUGGAUCAAGCACAGCUACCAAGACUACCAAAACGACAACCACGACCACCAGCACUGGAACCAAACCGGCUGGAUCUAGCACUCAGGUGACCAAAUCAACAUCGACUGGAGCUCAGCAAACCGGAUCAAGCACUGCUACCCAGGUUACCAAGCAAACCACCACUGGAUCGACCACCAGUACCAAAUCAUCUGGAGCAAGUACCGCGACCAAGGCUACAAAGACAACUUCUACGAGCACGCAAACAACUGGUGGAAGCAAGGUGACGAAGACCGCUAGCGGAAGCAAGCAAACUGGCUCAAGUACUGCAACAAGCACGGUUACCAAGGUAACUAAGCAAACUUCUACAGGAACGCAAACAGCCGCGUCGAAGAAAACGGUUGGAGGUGAUAGAACAAUUACCCUGGUUCUGAAGGAGAUUAGAACAGGAAAGUCUUCCUCUUCGGCAUCCAAGUCCAAGAAGGUGUCCAAGUCUUCGGAAAGUAAGAAAAUUACUGUUGGUAAACAGGAUGAGCAUUUCGAAGGAAGCAUUACUCUGAAACGAAUCAAGUCUUCAUCUGGAGUCAAAACUACCGGAGAGCGUUCGAUUGGAAGCUACAAAUCGCAUUCCGAGAGAAGGAAGGUUGUUGAAGAACAUCACGAGAGGAGACACGAUUCCCAAGAUCAGUUCGAAGGUAAAUUUGCGCUCAAGAAGGUUCAAUCGGCCAAGGGCAAGAAGACUUGCGACUGUGGCAAGCAAGAGUUCGGAAAGCAUUCCAGAGAUGAGCACGAGCACUACGAAGCUAAGUUUGCCCUUAAGAAAACGCACUCGAGAAAAUUGUCCGAAGAGGAGUCCGAGGGAAGCUUCGAAUCGCAGGAGCGACAUGGAGAAAGAAGGCUGUCCGAGGAGUACUACGGAAGAGGACAUGAAUCAUAUGACCACUCCGGUGAAUAUCGUGCCCAUAGACGUUCGGAGUCUGCAAGAGACUACCAUGGAUCUGGAAGACGCUUCAGUGGAAAACACCGUUCGACUGGACACUACAGAGACUGGCAAUCGUCUGAGGAGGAAUACGGAAGAAGACGGUCUUCGAGCCGUUCGUCUGGAAGGCAAUCUGCUGGAAAUGGGUUUGGUGGAAAUGGUUUCGGUGGAAUCAUGAUUGUUAACCAGCCUGGUGUUUACAAUGCCUGAGUCGAUCGGUGAUUUUACUUUUCAUGCAGUUCUGAAUUGUUGUCUUUUCUAUUAAACUCUAUCUUUU